AUGGACAGCAUCCACAGCGCUCCCAAAGGCACCAACGGCCACAGCAAGGCUCCUCAACCAUUCUCUGUCACCACACCCACGGCAACGGAUUCCUUUGCCGCCAUUCUGGUCCCGGAAAGCCAAGAAGAACAUGGAGUUGUCUCUUUCGCCCAAGGCGCUCCCGCCCAGCUUCCUUGGUUCCAUCCAUUCGACGAGACUACUUAG